CCCUCCGUCUUCUCGCUCUCUGAGUCUUUAUAAACCCCAUUUCAUCCUCCAUUCAACUCUCUCUUGCUAUUCGGAACCAGCAGACUAUUUUGUGUUGUGCGCAUUUGUCCAUCGUUGACCGUACAUCCACCACUUUUUAGCACUUCCACACAUAUUCAAAAUGACUGACUCAACUAAUGUCUCCAAUACGGAGAAUCUUAUGAAGUACAUGAGCCUCGACCAGCGAGGGUCGGUCAUGGCUGAGUACAUUUGGAUCGACGCCCACGGCGGUACUCGAAGUAAGACAAAGACUCUUUCUAAGGCCCCUUCUAGCGUUGAUGAGCUCCCCGAAUGGAAUUUCGACGGUUCAUCAACAGCUCAGGCCCCCGGUGACAACUCAGAUGUCUACCUUCGCCCUGUCGCUAUGUACCCCGAUCCUUUCCGUCGCGGCGAUAACAUCCUCGUUCUCUGUGAGACAUGGGACUCUGAUGGAAGCCCCAACAAGUUCAACUACCGUCACGACUGCGCCCGUCUGAUGGAAACGCAUGCCAAGGAGGAGUUCUGGUUUGGUCUUGAGCAAGAGUACACCCUUCUCGGCCCUGACGGCUGGCCUUACGGUUGGCCCAAGGGCGGUUUCCCCGGUGCCCAGGGACCGUACUACUGUGGUGUCGGUACCGGCAAGGUCUACUGCCGUGACAUCGUUGAGGCGCACUACCGCGCCUGUCUCUACGCCGGUGUUAAGAUCUCUGGUAUCAACGCGGAGGUCAUGCCCUCUCAAUGGGAGUACCAGGUUGGUCCUUGCCAUGGCAUCGAAAUGGGUGACCACCUCUGGAUCUCUCGUUUCCUUCUCCACCGCGUCGCCGAAGAGUUCGGUGUGAAGAUCUCCUUCGAUCCUAAGCCCAUCAAGGGUGACUGGAACGGUGCCGGUCUGCACACUAACGUCUCAACGACGUCAACACGUGCCGAGGGUGGCAUCAAGGCCAUUGAGUCGUACAUGAAGAAACUUGAAGCCCGCCAUGUCGAGCACAUUGCCGUCUACGGUGAGGGUAACGAGGAGCGUCUCACUGGUCGUCACGAGACUGGUAACAUCGACAAGUUCUCAUACGGUGUUGCUGACCGUGGUGGCUCCAUCCGAAUUCCCCGGCAAGUCGCCAAGGAUGGUAAGGGUUACUUCGAAGACCGCCGCCCCGCUUCCAACGCGGACCCUUACCAGAUUACUGGUAUCAUUGCUGAAACUCUCUGCGGUGGUCUGUAAAUUUGUCUAAAUUUUCGAAAUUAGCGCUCGUAUACCCGCCGGGUCAGGGUCGAGAACAAAAGAGCAGCUAGGCCGUUUCAGUUAUAGAAUUCUCUUGUCCUUCUUUCUUUCCGGUGGAGUUGGUUUCUGAUGCCACGGCUUGCCUUUUGCUUUCUUUUAACCCUGCUGGUUUUGCAUGCAAAUUCUUUCAUUUGUUAAUGGGGUUAUGUGUCACGUAUAGCAUACAUCCGACAUGGAUACGGAUAGUCAAGGACGAUAUCAACACAUUGUCGAAGCACAUU